AACUUUGAAAAGGGAGUUAAUUUUCACGCUCUUGUUUAUAAUUGGAUUUUGUUGUGUUAUACGCUUCAAAAGUCCACAGAUUUAACUUUAAAUCAGUUUAUUCUGGUCGAAGUUAGUUUACGUUUCAGAUCUGAGUCUAUUAAUUAUAAUAAGUGUUCUUAUAACAUAAUAGCCACAUAUAUCUAUCUUUGUGCACUCAUUAGCUUUUAUCACUGAUUUACAAAGGUUAUAUAUAUAUAUUUGAAGUUGUAUUUAACUUUUCCUGGUUCGUUUUAAAUAAAAUGCCUAUUAAAAGAAACCGCUGCGGAAGGGCUAUGUGCCAGUUUCCAGUGGAUGAGGGAAUGCAGUGUGAUAACUGCAAGAGAUGGUUUCACAGUAUGUGCACGAACCUUACUCCAGCAGCAUACAAACGCUGCUGCAAACCUCUAGCGAACUGGUUAUGCAACGACUGCUGUAGUACAACUAAACUCCGUAUUACAGAAGCCAUAGCUACUCUUAGUGGGGCUUUAAAGCUCAUGGACUGCAAGCGUCCUCCACCACAGAAGAAUACCGACUAUUGCUCAGAUAGCGAUGACGUGACUAGCGUCAUUGACAAAACAGCACAUGUCCCAGAUGCGACCUUGCCAAUAAGUGAGUGCUCUACAGCACAGAAGAACACCCACCAUAUUACAGACACCCAGGUCGCCCCCACGAUACUGGAUGAGCCCUCCAGUGACAGUAAUGGAAAGACUGCCGUGAAGAAGAGGCGUACUAGGGGUCGAAAACCUGCAGCUCCAGUCGCCCAGGGACUGGCGGAACAAGCCUCAUCCACACCGGUGAGCAGCAGACAGACGAACCCCACUAAGAUUAGCGAGGAGGACGCCAAUGAAUGGCGCACCGUAGUCUCUCGCAAAAAGCGAGAUAAGGAUAACACUUCGGCCACACCGCCCAAGAAGGAUAGAAACACACUUACGCCUCAGGGCAAGAAAGUAACGGAAAGCAAACCCGAUCUCUCUGAUAGGUCUCUCAUUCUCCACAAAGUGGAGGAGUCACUGGCUCUCGACCCUAAGACCAGAUUCGAGCAUGACCUUAACUUGGUCAAGCCCCUUUUAGACAAGCUACUGCCACAAACAGUAUCAGGCAUUACUAUACACAGCGUAUACAGAAUAGGUCAAAAGCCUGACCCUACAGUAAGUGAACCUGUACGUCUCCUCAAAGUCGUACUAAACUCUAAAGCGGAGAGGGACGCUAUCCUAAGCAACUCUCAUAUUCUCAAAGGAUCAGGGAUAUAUGUCCGCGCUGACUUAAGCCUGGCAGAUCGUGUCAAAAGACAGGCUGCGGCACUAGAAUUAAGUGAGCGACGCCGGAACGGUGAAAAGAACCUUAAGAUUAAGGGUUUUCGGGUUGUCCGAGUUCGCAGUUUAAUGAUCCCGAAACCUCUGUGGGUGGGCCGGGGAAGCACCAAUCUGAAUUAACAGUCUGCUACACAAACGCCCGCAGCCUGUUAAAUAAAAGGACUGAGCUGGCAAACAUGAUAGAAACCGGAAACCCGGAUGUAAUUAUUAUCACAGAGACAUGGCUCACACCCGAUGUCACAGACAACGAAGUUAACCUGCCAAACUUCGAAGUGCACAGGGUAGACCGACUAAACCGCAAAGGAGGGGGCGUAGUCAUCUACCUCAAGAAAGGCUUAACCGUGCGUAGUAUCGAAGCACUCGCCCACGAAAGUGAGUCGUGCGAACUUCUACGCUGCAGACUUAAAUGCAUAGGCCAAGACAUUGACCUCAUUGCUGUGUACCGCAGUCCUGACUGCAGUGCAGACGACUUCCUAAUAGGGAAGCUAGGCUCCUGGACUUCAAAAUGUCGAAGUCUCGUAGUCGGUGACUUCAACGCCCCAACAGUUGACUGGUCGAGCCUAACAACUCCAUCUUCAGUCAACUCCUUUGACCACAAACUGCUAGAAUCUAGUAUAUCGCUAGCCCUAGUCCAACAUAUCAUUAAGCCCACGCGCUAUGACUCACAGUACUCCUCAUCAACUCUGGACCUAGUGUUCUCACACGGUGAGGAUGUGGAUCUCAUACAACACCUUCCUCCGUUAGGAAGAAGUGACCAUGCUGUGCUCACCUUCAAGUUCACAGCAACGGCAGCAAGGGCCAAAACCCCAGCUCGACCAAACGUUUGGAAAGCUGACAUAAAUGCGAUCGUCUCAGCAGCCAACUCAGUAAACUGGUACAUCAAUCCAGAGUCCCAAGUAGAAGCCGCAUGGAACCAAUUUAAGCAACUUUACGCCCAAGUAACUGUACCCUUCAUCCCUUGGUCUGUUCCAAAGGGUCGGAAACAUUCCCCCCCUUGGAUAAACCGGGAGAUUCGUAAGUUACUCAGACGUAAACGCAAAUGUUGGAACCUGUUUGCAACACUUGAGACUUCUGAGACCAGGGAAUUAUAUACUACUGCUAGAAAUAAAGCUAUCGCAGAAAUCCGCCAAUCAAGGAUGAAGUUCGAGACACACCUGGCCCAAAAUGCAAAGGCACAACCUAAGAAAAUUUUCUCGUACUUGAAUUUCAGGAAUAAAACACCCAAUGGUGUCCCAAACCUGAUUAUUGACAAAGAUACAAUCGAAGAAGAUCAAGAAAAAGCAGAAGCAAUGGCAAACUACUUCUCCCAAGUCUUCACUCAGGAGUCAUCACUGCCUAUAGGAUCAGCUCUGGCUGCAUCAGAAGAACAUGGGAUAGAUUCCGUUGACAUCGACCAAGGCAUCGUGCUCAACUUCUUAAUGAAACUAGAUGCAGGAAAAUCAAUGGGUCCUGAUAGUCUUCAUCCAAGGCUUCUCAAGGAGCUAUCAGCCCACAUAGCCGGCCCCUUGGCCACGAUCUUCAAGCUAUCUCUCCAAAAUGGAGUGUUGCCACGUGAUUGGAAAGACGCCAUAGUAACUCCCAUACACAAAGGAGGAUCAAGACAAAGCCCUUCAAAUUACAGGCCUAUCAGUCUCACCAGCACUUUAAUCAAGACACUGGAAAGAAUUAUCAAGAAAAGCAUCAUGGCUUAUCUGGAAAAUAGCAGCUUGUUAUCUGGAGCACAGCAUGGCUUCCGGAGGAACCUCUCAUGCCUGUCAAAUCUCCUGACUGCAAGAGAAAGCUGGGUUAAAUCAAAGGAUGACAGAAGACCCGUUGACGUCGUCUUCAUAGACUUCAGUAAAGCCUUUGAUAAAGUACCUCACAAAAGACUACUCAUGAAAUUGGAAAGUCUUGGUAUCAAAGGCAGACUACUAGACUGGCUUAGGGAAUUCCUCAUAGAUAGGAGGCAGAGGGUUAGGAUCAACUCAAAACUCUCCUCCUGGACAGCAGUAAGUAGCGGAGUGCCACAAGGCACGGUUCUCGGUCCUCUCCUUUUUAUUCUGUAUAUCAAUGAGUUACCUCUGCUGACCGACUCCCCUAUGGUCCUAUACGCAGAUGACUUAAAAAUUUGGAGGGAGCUGAAGGGCAACAGUGAUACGUCCACCUUGCAAGACGACCUCAACAAACUGUCGGAGUGGUCUGUUGAAUGGAUGCUCCCGAUCAACGUGGCAAAAUGUGCAACCAUGCGCAUUGGACAAGCAAGCACGAGCUCCUACGAACUAGAGGGAAUAACACUUCCAUCAGUUCAGACUCACUUGGACUUAGGUGUCAUAGUUAGCCACGACUUAAAAACUACAGCACACUGUCGCGCGGUGGCUGCACGUAGUUUCAGGUCCUUAUGGGCGAUUCGCAGAGCCUUUACAAGAAUUACCAGAGAUAUGUUCACCUCCUUAUACACAUCUCUGGUUAGGUCAAGACUGGAAAACUGCAUCCAGGCCGCCAGUCCGUGUCUAAAAGGGGAUUCAUACAUUCUAGAAAGUGUUCAAAGGAAGGCAACACGUAUGGUUCACGGCAUAGCUAACUUAUCAUAUGAGGAAAGACUAGAUAGUUUAAAUCUCUUCUCACUGUCAUACCGUAGGCAGAGAGGAGAUUUAAUCACAAUGUUUAAAAUUUUAAAUAAUGACUACGGACCUGACCUAUUCUCUCUUUUCCUUCCCACCAGGUCGGAACACCUUAGAGGACAUAGCAGGAGAGUUCAAAAGCCAAGGAGAAAUCAUAUUGCUGUUGAGUACUGGUUCUCACAUCGAGUCAUAAACUCUUGGAACCGACUCCCAGAAGAAGUGGUAUCUGCAACCUCAAUUGAUUCGUUCAAGAAGGGUUUGGACAACCACAGAAAUCUACUAGAAAAGGAUUAACAUAGGCUGCAAGCCUUCUAUCCUCAAACAAAAAAUCUGAAUCUGAAAUCUGAAUCUG